CGAGAUACGAGCCAUCCGCAGGACGCAUUGCUGGUGGCCUAACAUUUCUCAAGUAACAACUCUCAUAAUAAUUUACAUUUCAGCAUUUAUUCGUUUGUUUAGAAUUUUACAAGAUCUUGCUAAUAUUACCACAAGGCUUCGGGAAAUGAAAAUUUUAAUUUAUUGUACAUUUAACAUAUAGGAAAUUUCGAAUAAUCAUCUGAAUUAGAGUCAACUCUAACAUCUUGCUUGUAGAUUGGUAGCGCUUAGCAUUAUGUUUACAUAUUUUAACAUACUAUAUUGGAUUUAUACUUUGUUCAUUACUUGCAAAUUCAUUCUCGGACUAGAUAGAUGAUUGCUAGAAAAGUGAGAUUAUAGCUAUUUUUCUCAUCAAAUAAUUAUUGUUUUUUAUUUAUGUGAUCUCUGGAGAAGUUACCCAAUUCAACUUCAUAUAGUGAAUCUCUCUUCCUUUCUGCACGGUCAUAUUUACACAUCUUGUGAUUCUCUGUUUCUAGAUCUACAAAUCUAUUCAAUCUCAGCUCAGUUCUUCAUAUCUCUCAGAGCGAAGGUGGCGAAAAUGUUAAGCCGGAUUUUCGAGUUAUUUUUGUCAAAGGUGGUGGAACUAAUUGCAGAUAAUGCACACAAUAAUGUGAAGAGUAUAAAGGAAUUUGAGCUCAAUCUAAAAGUUCUGCAGAAAAAGUUGAAAUCAUUGGGUGCUAAGGCAUCUGAUGUUGAGGAGGAAAUCAAGAACUCGGAGCUUUCUGGUCGAAAGAAGAGGAAACGUGAAGUUGAGGAAUGGUUGGAAGAAGUCAGGUCCAUUGAAAAGCAAGUUGUUGAGUUGGGCACUCAAGUGGAAUCUGAAGGAUUUAUUAUGAGAUUGAUGGAUGGAGGGUUGCCAGCUAAACUAAUUGAAGAGGUUGACACACUUGUUGAGCAAAGUCGGAAUUUUGGUGAACUUGUCCUUGAUAUUUGUGGAAGUGGGGGAGAUAAGUUAUUGACAAAUGGGAUGGUUGGUCAAGCUUUUCAUGAAAAUUUGGAAAUGGUUUUGAAACUUUUGGAGAGUGGGGAAGUGUCGAGCAUUGGUGUUUAUGGUAUGGGUGGUGUGGGAAAAACGACACUGGCAAAGCACAUUCACAAUCGACUCCUCCAACAUUCUCAGGGACGUGUGAUUUGGGUUACAGUCUCUCAAGAAUUUUGUGUUAUGACUUUACAAGAUAAGAUUGCUCAUUUUAUAGGUGUGGACCUUGUGGGUGUGGAUAAUGAAGACAUAAGGGCGUCGAGACUACAUAAAACUUUGUAUCAGAUGAAGAAUUCAGUGCUGAUAUUAGAUGAUGUCUGGGAAAAUAUUGAUCUAUUAAAGGUUGGAUGUCCCUUUUCGGUCGAGUAUUGUAGGCUGAUUAUAACUACUCGCUCCUUAGAAGUGUGUCGUCAAAUCUGUUGCCAAAAAGUGUUUCAAGUGAAAAAUCUACAUGAUCAUGAGGCAUGGAAUUUGUUCAAGGAAACUCUAGGAAAUGAGAAAGAACUUGAUUCUUCGGCAGAAGAAAUUGCCAAAUCUGUGGCAAAAUUGUGUGGUGGUCGGCCCCUAGGAAUUGUUACGGUGGCUGGAAGCAUGAGGGGCGAGAGAGACAUUCAUACAUGGAGAAAUGCUUAUGUAGAACUAACAGAACGUGUCUCACGGAAUGAUGUCAUGGGAGAUGGUGAUGUUUAUAAAGUAUUGAAAUAUAGUUUUGAUCGGUUGAAUAGGAAUCAUCGUAGCCAAGGGGGCUUGGUUGAAAGAAAGACAAGGAGAGCGCAAGUGGAGCAAGAUCAUUCCACAUUGAAUAAAUUAGUGAGUGUGUGCCUACGGAUGCGGUUGAUCAAAAAGGGGGAAAUAGGAGCAUCAGCUGCACUUGCACAGCCUGUGUUUUCCUUUCUGAUGCGGUUAAGAAUUGAUAGGUGUGACAAGAUGAGGAUACCAUUAUCAGGAGUUCCCAACAUUGAAGGCAUUCAUAUCAGCGAGUGUAAAGAAAUAGAAGAGAUAUUUGAAGAUGAAGGAACAAGUUCCCUCACCCUCCCUAAAUUAAAAUAUCUAAUGCUACAUAAGCUGCCAAGACUUAGGAAGGUGGGGAUACUAUCAGGAGUUCCCAACCUUGAAUGGAUUUCUGUGACAAAGUGUGGAGAAAUAGAAGAUGUGUUUGAUGAUGGAGGAAGUCGUAUCCUAACCCUGCCCAAAUUAAUACAGUUGUACUUGUAUGAGCUUCCGAAACUGAAGAGCCUAUGCAAGGGAACAGCAGCCAUCAUUUGCAACUCCAUUGAACGUAUCUCAGUAACAAAGUGCCCAAGAUUGAUGAACAAACUUCCUGUGGAUGUGGAUUUGGCUGUGCCUCGACACUGUAAGAUAAAGUUGAACCCAGAAUUGUGGGACUCAUUGAUGUCGGACGAUCCCAACCUCUCUCGUUUCUUCUCUAAAGGCUGAUCAAAUUUUUUGUGUAAUAAUAUGCACAGAUUUGGCCCAAUGUUUUGUAAUAACAAGAUGCAUGCCCUUUUCUUAUGCAUCAGCACACCCAUGUUUCCACAAGUUCAGAAAUUGAUAAUAGGCUAAGCCCUCACCCAAAAUGUAA